UUUCUACUUGAGGGGCAAAUUUUCCACCCGAAGAAUUUGCAAAGAAGGGAAGAAAAUUGUCUUACUAUUAGCCCCUGAUGGUUGCACCAUGUCGCGGCGCAAGCAAGCUAAGCCACAGCAAAUCAAUUCCGAUGAGCCCAGUUUGUCAGAAAAUGGGUUUCUACAAGACGGUCAGACUAAAGAGGAUGGGAAUGAGGUGAAGAGGUUUAAGAUGGACGAGACAAAGGUCUGCAACAAAUGCUGUGCUGAGUUCUUUGAUGAGGUGGAAUUUUUUGAACAUCAGAAGAACUGCACAAAAAGUCAGGAGGUAGUUAUCAUGAAAGGAGGAGGCAGUGAGGUACCAGAUGACUUCUCACGAGUAGGCUCCCCUAGUGACUUUCAGACUGAUCACAGUGAUGGCCAGCCCAGCAUUAAUUCUUUUUCCAAGUCUAAUGCAGGGCCUAUGGAAAGAAUUGGCAAAGAGGAACAACCUAAAUUAAAUGGUGAAGAACAACCAUCUAAACAAGACCGGCUAGAGAUUUCUGGCAAUCAAAGGCCUGAUGUCAGUUUCCAUCAGCACCAGGCUUCAUCCAAAGUCCAAGAUUCAAACGUAACCCUGGAAUCCAUGCCUGGUACCAAAGUGGCAGUGACUCAGCAUUCGAGCGGUGGGUCAAAUGACCAUGAUUCUCCACAGGCCUCCCAGGAGGCCUUGCAAGCCAUCCCUAUGAUCCUGGAACAGUUGGUUGCCCUCCAGCAGCAGCAGAUCCAGCAGAUCCAACUGACCGAACAGAUUCGUAUCCAGGUGGCUAUGAUGACGCCACAGAGCCUUCAGUCGGUCAUGGGGGCAACCGUUGACCCCCUUAAAGCCCUAGGAGCUCAUCUUUCUCAACAACUCUCUGCAGCAGCAGCCCUGAUUGGUAAGAGGACCACCAGCAACCAGAGCCUUUCGCUAGAGUCUCUUAAACAAGGAAAGGUACCAGAGUCCAACGGCAUCCCAACCUCUCUGCCUGGAGGCCUGAGGUUUAUUCCCUCCAAAGCAGAUAUGUUGAAAGGACUGCCGGACCUUGCAAGCCGCCUACCAGCGUUACUGCCUCAAUCACCAGGUUCCCUUGCAUUCCAAAGUCCCUUCACUGGCCUCUCUACUGGGAUGGAUGCCUCUAAGAAAGUUAAGAGCAAGAUCCCAAACAUGUCAGAGUCUAAAAAUUGUUCGGAUGGAGACAUGUACAAGCACAAGUGUAAGUACUGUGGGAAAACAUUUGGGAAUGACAGCGCGCUCCAGAUACAUCUGCGCUCACACACAGGAGAAAGACCUUUUAAAUGUAACAUCUGCGGAAACCGCUUCACCACCAAAGGAAACUUGAAGGUGCAUUUCCAGAGGCACAGGGAGAAGUACCCUCACAUCAGGAUGAACCCACAUCCUGUGCCUGAACACCUUGACAACAUUCCUACCAGCAGUGGCAUCCCGUAUGGCAUGUCAAUGCCUAUUGAAGAAUCCAACAUGGUAGACAUGAAGCCAAUGCUUGGUAUCCCGUCUCCUGGUUUCAACCCAUCACCUCACCACCAUGGGUUCAAGCCUUCUUUGGAUGGUUUCAGGAGUGACACCUUCUCCCAAAGGCCGCUAUCAUCAGGAAGUGACGGUGCAUCCAUUUCCUCAAACAUUUUCAGUCAUGAAAUGGCUGCUGAUCAAAACCACUUGGACUCAAAAGAGCUAAUGGGAGCGCUGCAUCACGUAAACGGCCAUGGCAAUCCUGGUGAAAACAACGGUUGCGGAACUGCAAAACUUCAGCAGAUGGUGGAUGGGCUGGAGAAGAGGACCAAUGACCCCAAUGAGUGCUACAUCUGUCACAGAGUGCUCAGCUGCCAGAGCUCCCUGAAAAUGCACUACCGCACGCACACAGGUGAACGGCCCUACAAAUGUAAGAUCUGUGGCCGUGCCUUUUCCACAAAGGGCAACCUCAAAGCCCAUUAUGGUGUCCACCGAGCCAACACGCCCCUCAAGAUGCAGCAUUCCUGCCCCAUCUGUCAGAAGAAGUUCACCAAUGCUGUGGUUCUCCAGCAGCACAUCCGAAUGCACAUGGGAGGCCAGAUCCCCAACACCCCCAUGCCGGAGACCCAGUUUGAAGCCUCUGAAGAAAUGAACUCAUCACUUGCCAAUGAGAAGUCCAUGGACGCCAGUGGCUUUGAGAGCAUGGAUGACCAAGAUGCAGAGCCUGACCAUCAGGAGAAACCAAGCGACAUAUCAGAUUCCCUUCCAUCGCCUGCCUUGGAAGAGCCAGACCAACACGCUCAGGCCCCUCCAUCCACCAUGUUCUCAAGUAUUGCUGCUCUUGAGGACCACAUGAUGAACCUCACUUCUGCUCUCAACCUGCAGCGCCAAUCUAGCAACGCCUCAGAGAGUGACAAAGUGGCCCCGGAAGAAUCCGCUGCAACCACCGAGAUGCUCCGGGAGCAAGAGUUUCAGAGUGUCCACAGCCCCAGCAACAUAGAUGCUGCCUCUUUGCAUGCCUCGUCCCCAGUCAACAGCCAUCUGGGUAGCAGCCAUUCCAAGUCCCCUGAGGCAGCCAUCCCUGAGGAUUAUGUUCUGGAUGAGUCUAGACCAGACUCUGAUAGUGGUUCCAAGGAUGCAAAUGAGUCAAAUGGUGCUCUGGACCUGACCGCAACCAGCUUCACCACAAGAAACAUCAAAGAAGAGCCAGGCCUCCCCUUGACCAAUGGAGAGUAUGCUCCUAGCCAUUUUCCUCCAUUCAUGAGGGUACCCCCCAGCCUUGUCAAAAUGGAGAUGCAGAUUCCCCCAGAAAGCUCCAUGGGCAUGAAUCCUCUUUUUGCCUCCCAGAUGCCCCUGGGAGUUGGAGGGCAGACACGGGAUGGCUCCGGUGUUCCCAGACGAUCCAGUAAGCAGCACCUUUGUAAUUCCUGUGGCAAAAACUUCUCCUCUGCCAGUGCACUGCAGAUACAUGAGAGGACCCAUACUGGAGAGAAGCCCUUUGCUUGCACCAUUUGUGGCAGAGCCUUUACCACUAAAGGCAACCUCAAGGUGCAUGUUGGAACUCACAUGUGGAACAGUUCUGCAAGGCGUGGCCAGCGCCUCUCUCUGGACAACCCAAUGGCCUUAAUGGCAAUGACCUCAGAGUCUGGCAACAUGAUGCCAGAGAUGAUGUCUUCUCCUAAGGAAUUGGGUCCUCCUCCACCAAUGAACUUUGACCAGUCUCUGUGGAACCAGUACGCUGCUGCUUUCACAAAUGGCUUGUCUAUGAAGACUAACGAGAUCUCAGUGAUCCAAAAUGGUGGUAUGCCCAUGCCUGGCAGUUUGGCCGGCGGUCCCAUGGUUCGCUCCACUGGAGGCCUGAUGAAAAUGGAUGGGUCCCACUCUGGCCUGCCUGCCACCAUGGCAGAGAUGAAGAAUGGCUCUGAGAGCAUGGCCAAAUCUCAGUUCCCACAUUUCAUGGAGGAAGGGAAAAUUGCAGUGAACUAGUUUUGUAAAGAAAUAACAUUGGUUGUAUUGGUUUUGUUUUGUCUACAUUUUUUUUCUUCAUCAAUUGUGUACAGAUUUUGAAUGUUUGUAGUAGCAAUGUUAGCUGACAUUUGCCACUUGGUCCUUGAUGGGUACAAUCAACAGAUGCUAUUUCAACACGUAAGUUCAUAACCAUUGCUCAACAUAUUACAUGUUUUUCCAAAGCGCAGUUGUAACACUCAGGCUGUGUUUGUGACAGUUUUUGAAUUUGUCUUUUUACUAAUUAGACCAAGCUUUGAAAAUAUCUGAUAUGAUUGGGCAGCCUGUCUAAAUGCAGCCUCAGGAACUGAAAUGGUACAGCUCUUUUAAUCAAUUCACCCCUUAAGUGUUAUUGUUGGUAUAACUACUGUAGUUGUAUUUACUGUUUUUCUCUUUAAUAUAUGCGGGUAUUUCUGUGUGACUCCUUUUUAGUCUUGUAUCCAUAAGUUGAAUGUAUGGCUUACUUGAAAAUGAUAUGAUUCAGAAUGUCUCUCUCCCUGGUGGAAGAACCUGUACUUUAAAGGAUGCUGUAAAGCAAAAUGAUGUUUACACAGGCAAAACACCCCCCCCCACCCCCUUUUUUAAUUUUUAUUUAAACCAAUGGGGUUUGCUAUGAUCUGAUGUGAAAGUCAGUCGAGUUGCCUGUGUAAAUGCAGCCCAAAAAACGUCUGUUUUAUUGCUGGUAAACAGCAUGGAGUGGACUGGUUAUUCCUUGGUACAGCACAUGACUACUUGGCUUUCCUCCUGUAUUUUGUGCCAACAUGUUUUGACAUGGCUAGUUCUCUGGGCACAAUACUUCAGAGGGAAGUGUUUUUGAUAUUUCAUUGUUUGGAGAUGCUCGAAGGGUUAUUCUUCAAGUGUCAUGUACUUUUGUUUGAUUCAAAGAGGCCUACGGAUUUGCUUGGUUAUCCAUUUAGAUCACUCCAUCAGAUUUUUUACACAUGCUGUGACAAAGUAGAUUCUUUGCCUUUCUCUAUUGAAACCGAAAAAGCUCAUGUGAAGUGCCUAGCUAGAAUGUGAAUUGUUGCUAUAUUAUAAUUUUUCCCCCUUUUAUUUUUAAUUUUUUUUUUUAAGUACCACAAGAUUGUAAUGAAGGUUAUUUUUGUCUGUGUUGACUGUUACUAUUUUUCUUGUAGCAUACUGCAUUUGUUUCUGGAGUUAUUUUAAAAAACAUUUUUACAACACAAAUUACAAUAUGUUCAUUAUUGUUUUGUUUGCUACCAUGAUUAUUAUUUUUAUUUUUCCCAACAAGCAGAGCUUCUGCAUCUUUUGGUAGGUUGUUUUCUGAAGGCUUUGGUUGAAUCCUAAAUGGUUCCCUAUUCUCUAUAGGGAAUACUUUACACCAUACAGAGAAUACAAUGCUAUUUAGGAAACAGCCCAUGUAAUCCUGAAUGCUCUCAAUCAUGCCUGCACUUUAUUUCUUCACAUUUUGUUUAUUUUAAUGGUUACAUUUCAAAACCGUCCUUGGUUUUCUUGAUGUUCAUAUUAGAUGGUGCAGCAGCAAUCUUUGUCUUUUUCUUUUGACUUGGAAACAUUGACAUCAGAACUGUACUCAAUUCAUUCAAUUCCUAAGCCUGUUAAGUUUCAAUAUUAUUCUCCAUUGACUGAAACAUGAAAAUCUACUUUACAUUAUUUUAUCAACUGUUGAAUCUUGUGAAUUUUUUUGUUAUUUAUAUUGCCAGAGCUUUGGGGGCAACUAUCUCUACCUCAUUUAGACAUUACUUUACCCUCCACCUGCCCCCAAAGGCAAGCAAUGGUACAUUUUGCUCUCUGAUACAUUUUGAGUAUGCAAUUAUAUGCUUUCUUUCCUCUCAAUCUACUGAGUUGUGUAACGAAUGUAUCACUGGACUCUUUGCACGACUCUGAAUGCUGAGAUCAACUGUAGAAUACUGCUGUGCAUUUCCCCCAUCGAAAUGUGUACCAAGUUGUGCCUUUUAAAAAUCUAACUUGUUAGAACCGAUUUGAGGUUGCCUGUACAAAUCAAGAAAUGUUGAGGCUGUUUAGGCUUGUUUACAAUGUAAAUGUUCUGUUUUCAAUUCUUUCCUUAUCACCUUAAUGUUACUUUCUGAUCUUAUGAAAAUAAAAAUCAGGGUGACUUUUCCAGCUUUGGUUUGAUUUGCAUUUCUUG